AUGUCGCAUGAUACCACAGAUAACAAAACGAUUUUUCAAUCGCCGUUCUUGGGGCCAAGUUCAGCCAGCAUGAAUAUUCCAAAGUUAUUACCUCCCAAGAAGAAUGUCUCCUCGCCCAUGAAACGGAUCCACAGACGGAAAAACAGUAGGGGUGCAAUGGAACUAGAAGCUCUUCAUAGCCAAACGAGACAGCCGUUGCUGUUCAACAAAUCAAGCCAUGGUGAAACAUUUAGUAUUCUUGACGACUUUCAAAACCAAGCCUCGAGCGAGCCAAUAGAUCUAUUUACACCUUUGCUACCUCCUCCGACUAAACUUCCACAAAAUGCAACCGAAAAUCGCAGUGAUACGCCAAAUAAAAAGAUGAAACAUGAUGUCCAAGAUAGGAGUUUCUUUGAUAUAGGUUUUGCCAAUCAGCCAGAAGGUGGGUGCUCUAUUUUCUCCAUGGUACCACAGAUUGGAACGUCAAGGCCUUUUAAUUUUAGUUCUUAUUUGAAAUCAGUAACUUCGCAAAUGAAUAUACCGCAAGAAACUGGAAAUUAUAAGAAUACACUCUUGGAUUUCACACAUCCUACCAAGAUUGACAUUACCGAGACAAAUAACGGGAGUUUAAUGGAUGAUUUGGAACUCGAUUGCGUUAUGCGGUCAAACACGUGGGACUCCGACGUGGAGACCGAAGAUGAACUAGAGCUGGACCUUAACCUACAAACAGAAACUAAUGAUUUAUCAAUUGAAUCUCCAAAUACAGGAUUGCAAUCUUUACAUAGUAACAGCCUCAAGAGACCCAUCGACUCAAAUAUUCCAUCUCUAUAUGAUCCAUAUUCCAACGUUUUCACCACAAAGAGAAACUCCAUUAUAAAAGCUAGAAAUAAUACAACGUCAGGAAUCCCUCUCAAAAUCCAUUCUGAUUUAAACAGCAAAGUUAGAAGUUCCAUUUCAUCUCAAGAAUCAGAUGAGACGUUAAACGAAGAUAAUCAUCUCAAAAGAGGUAACAGUCAUCAUCAAGUAACCAUAAUAAACGACAAACAUUCCAAAUGCCUUCCACAUCAUCAUAUAUUUGUAGAAAACCUGAAAUCUGCAAUGAAACCGAUACCCUCGAGCUUAUUGAACCUGAUUGUGGAAUCGAGUGAUGGUUCGUUAGAUGAUGCCACCAAAUAUGCCACUGAGAUAAAUGCACAAAACAGUAAUGGAAUACCAAUACCUGAGAAAACCACCGAAGUUGUAAAUAUUCCAACUUCGGGUCCUGCAAUCAAUGGUGUCCGUAAGAGUGCCAUUAUUAAAGGAUUUCGAGCCAAAGCCAAUCCUAGUAGGCGGAAACAACAGUCUGCGAGUGCUAAACCUGCAAUUCAUAAUACACUGAGCGAACGUCGGGAAGCGUUAAUGAACCAAAGUUCCAGUGAUCAAAAUAUCAACUCUAAUGUGACUAACUUCAAAGGAUUUUAUUCUCUGCAGGAGAAACAACAGUUCUACAAACGUAACGGUAUGAACACAGUUGACGAAGGAAAGGAAAACAGGCAUUCACAUUUGGGAAACUCUAACAUCUACGAAAUAAAGGAUCCAGGUACACUAAACUUGAAUACCUCUGCAUUCAAACGUCCAAGAGUUGGUGAAUCGUUCUACGUCAAAGAGGGGAUCAAUAAUAAAGGACAGAAAAAAGUAUAUUGGGCAGAUAGUUUGGAAUGGUAA